ACCAUGCGGCGGGAGCUCCCGGCCGCCCUGUGCCCAGACCCAGGAUGCUCCGAGGGGGAUCAGAUUAAGCUGAACGACCGAUGCUGCACCGUCUGCAGAGGUCAUGACUUCUGCGCCGAAGGCCACGGCUGCGUGGAGAACUCUGAGUGUGUGAACCUGGAGGCCGGGACCCGGUGUGUGUGCAAGGACGGCUUCAGCCCCAUGAGGGAGGACAACGCCUACUGCGAAGAUAUCGACGAGUGCGCCCAGGGGAAACACUACUGCCGGGAGAACACCAUGUGUGUGAACACAGCCGGCUCCUUCAUGUGCAUCUGCCACACGGGCUACAUCAGGAUCGAUGACUACUCCUGUACAGAGCAUGACGAGUGCCUGAGUGGAAUGCACAACUGUGACGAAAACGCUCUGUGUUUCAACAUGGUGGGAGGACACAGCUGCUCCUGCAAGCCCGGCUACACUGGCAACGGAACCGUCUGCAAGGCGAUGUGUGACGGACUGUGUCAGAACGGAGGCACGUGCGUCUCACCCAACAACUGCAUUUGCCAGCAAGGCUUCACCGGAAGGAGGUGUGAGACAGGUAAGAGUGUUUUGUUUUAUUCCCCCUUGAAUCCUUCUGCCAUCGAGAGCGUCUCCGCUGGACGUGUGCACGUGCGGGGGCCGACUGGCGUGCACUCCACGGUGAGUAAUGAUCCACCGCUGCCCUCCUCCGAAGGCCUUUCCAAAACGGCGGACGUGAACUGCAGUGGCAGCAUCCGGUCCGGUCUGGUCCGUGACAGCUCCUGCCCCUACAUGGUCUGCUUCCUGAGGCUUCUUGCUCUCAAUACACUCCUGCUUGAUUAUCUCAUCCUGCUGUACCCCGACCGUCGCCAUAGCAGCCGGUUCGAGACCGGGAGACGGCGGCUCUCGCUCUUCAGUCAUUCGGGGUGA